GAACAUAAUGACGCUGCCAUAGCAUAUAUUUAUAUAUAUAUAUGGAUGAUAUUAUUAUUAUCGAAAAAUUGAACUAAAUCAAUUCAAUGUUGACAAUGUUUCGCCCCAUAGUGAAGUGUGUCAUUCUAUGAUGUAGACAUACAUAAAAAAAAUUCCGAUAAUAAUCGACAAUUAGAAAUAAUUGCAAAAAUUGUUCUACGUAAGCAAUCGUCGUCACACGAUAUAUUCAAUUUAAAAAACUUUAUUUAUACGUCAUAAAUGUUUCAAAAGUAAAACAAACAUCAAACUAUGAAUGUAUGUGAAGAACAUCUUAACAUUACAAUAAAUGAAGAUAAAAUUAUUGAUGGUGCAAUAGAUGUUAUCAAGAAAAUUAGGCCAUCUUGGCCUCUGCAAGAACUGCAUUUUAAGCCAUUUACUGAUGGAAAAACAAAUAAAUUGGUAGGAAUAUGGUACUCGGGGCAUUAUGCAGAUAUGGUCCUGAUUCGAAUUUAUGGUAACAAUUCGGAUUUACUGAUUGAUAGAAAAAAUGAAUUAAACAAUAUCAGGAUAUUAAACAAGGCUGGCUAUACUCAUUGCAUUUAUGCUACAUUUAAUAAUGGAUUCGCCUAUCAAUUCUUGGAAGGUGAAACUCUGACUAUAGAAACAAUUAGGGACCCAAGAGUGUAUCCAUUAAUCGCGAGACGUAUGGCCGAAAUGCAUUGUCUUAAGCCUGAAAAUGAGCCUGAGCCAAAAAGAGCUUUCAUUUGGGAAAAAACAAAGAAAUUUAUGCAAAUUAUGCCUAAAAGAUUUUCCGAUCCUCUCAAGCAAGCAAAAUUUGAGAUGUUGAUAUCACCAUAUAUGGUUCUAGAAGAAGAAUAUCAUUUAUUGGAAAACACACUUUCAAAAAUAAAUAGUCCUGUAGUAUAUGCUCACAAUGAUCUUUUACUAGGAAAUGUACUGUAUAAUAAGGAACAGGAGAAUGUUGUUUUUAUCGAUUAUGAAUAUACUGCAUUCAACUAUCAAGCAUUUGAUAUAGCAAAUCACUUUGCGGAAUUUGCUGGUAUUGAUGAGCCAGAUUAUUCUUUGUAUCCGGAUGAAAAUUUUCAAAAAGCAUGGUUGAAAGAAUACUUACAAAGGUAUAAUGCAACUAAUAAUGUGUCUGAGAAAGAAAUUAACAAGUUGCACUGGCAGGUUACUAAAUUUGCUCCUUUGCCACAUUUCUUUUGGGGCUGUUGGUCUCUCAUCCAGAGUGAGCAUUCACACAUUGAUUUCGAUUUUUUGGAAUAUGCUGCAAUACGUUUUAAUGAAUAUUUCAAGUUGAAGGAAGAAAUAUCCAGUAAGUUGAAAUUGGGGUACGACGAGUAAAAAUGGCAUUUUUAAAAAAACCCAUUCCAGUAAAAGCAUUUUUUAACAUUUUCAUUCCAGUGAAAUUUUUUUUUAAUACUGUCUCCAAAUAUAUAUUAACUUGUUGAUAAUUGUGUAUUGUAUAUAUAUAUUUUACAUUCUUUUGGGUCCUAUUAUGUAAAUACAAAUAAUAUAUUGUAAUCAUUAUACAUGUGUACAACUAUUUUGUCCAUACUAGAAUUGUAAUAAAAAUAAUGUAUAUAAUAAAUCUAUUUAUUGCAUAAUAAA